CACAUACCCCUAUAAAACAGCGAUUUGUCGUAUUUACACUUUGGUUUUUGAGUUAAACAAACAAGUGUUUACUUAGUGGCCUUAAGUGAAGCAGCUAUGCAGAUUUUGUUACCUUUGGACAGAGCCAGGCUUGUUGUAGCUCCUUAUUUCCAGUAUUUAUUCUAAACUGCAACAUAGCUAAGUAGUAUAUUUACCGUACAGGCAUUAAGGUGGUAUCACACUAACUCGGCAAGAAAACGAAUAAGCGUACUCCGAAAAUGUCAAACUAUUAAUUUAACUUUAGGAAUUAUUAUACCAUUAUAUACCAUUACCAUUCUAUAUCUGAGCUGUACAAGCAGCUCAUAACAGACGCUGACGCUAGGACCCAGCAGAGGAGCAGCUUGCCUCAAGUUCCCAACCAGCGUAUCUGUAAUGCAGCGCCUGUAUCUGUCAGCAGUGGCUCCACACGCCUUCGCACAGUCAUUCACUCAUGGGCCUGCAUUAAACUUCAGCAACUCUCACAGGGACAGCAUCACCAGCGGAAUGGACACAAAAGGCACCAAAUCAAUGGAGGUGUUGGUGAGUGAGCUGGGCGUACUGCUGAAGAUGCUGGACCAGGAGAACCUCAGCUCCUCCACGCAGGAGAAGAAGACCUCCGUGUGGAACCUCCUUCAGCAGAUACAGCCAUCAGUUUCAGGAACAGACUACAUCUACAUGAACUCAGCAGCAUACAGAAAUGGCACCAGCUUUGUAGAGUCCCUCUUUGAGACAUUUGACUGCGAGCUUGGAGACCUGAAAGAUGUUACAGAUGAUCUGAAAGAAGAAAAGAACACACAAACUGACACUUUAAAACAGCAGAACUGUGCAGACUCCUCAGCCCCGCACUCAGCUGACUCUCCUCCCCCUCUGCCCACAACGCCUCCUCCUGAGGACUACUAUGAGGAGGCAGUGCCCCUCAGUCCUGGCAAGAUGCCCGAGUACAUCAUCACACGAGUAAGACCUAGCCCCCCCAACUCUAUAGAAGAUGGGUAUGAAGAUGCUGAAAACAACUACCCCACUACCUGCAUAAACUCGCACCGCAAAAACUCAUACAACGACUCUGAUGCUCUGAGCAGUUCCUACGAGUCCUACGAAGAGGACGAGGAAGAGAGGAGCCCUGGCGUCCGACUCACUCAUCAGUGGCCCUCGGAUGAGAGCUCCAUGCCUCCUGCCAGGGACUGUCGCAUCUGUGCCUUCCUGCUGCGCAAGAAGCGUUUCGGUCAAUGGGCGAAACAGCUCACUGUCAUACGGGAGAACAGACUACAGUGCUAUAAGAGUUCUAAGGACACAUGCCCCUAUGUGGACCUGCUGCUGCCCCAGUGCACUGUGGUCUAUGCACCAAAAGACAGCAAGAGGAAGCACCAUGAACUCCGGUUCACCUUACCCAAUGGAGAUGCACUGGUGCUUGCGGUACAAAGCAAGGAGCAGGCUCACAGAUGGCUUAGGAUUAUUAGAGAGGUGAGCGGCCAGAGCACAGGGCCUGAGGAAUCUGCGUCUCCCGUCAUUCCAAGAAAAACUGAAGUUGACAAGAGGUUAUCUGCAGAGAGGAACACAUCAGAUUCAGACAGUGUGGGGGUGUCAACUGCAGAGAACUGCAGAGAGAAUGGCAAGGUGAAACGGGGGGCUUUUGCUGCGGGCCGUAAAAUCACACGUAUCAUCAGCUUCUCCAAGAAGAAGCCCCCUCGGCCAGGAGAUCCCCAGACAUCCUACAGCGACCCUCGUCAAGGCUACCUGUCGUUGCUGGUGAAUCAGGUGUGGCGGGAACAGUGGUGCUGUGUGUGCAGAGGCUCCCUGCACUUCUACCAUGACAAAGGAGACCCUCGGACCUCCCUGCCUUCACUUCCUCUCCACGGCUGCGAGGUGGUCCCGGGGCUGGGGCCCAAACAUCCCUUUGCCUUUCGAAUCCUACGGAACAGCACAGAGGUGGCUGCUCUGGAGGCUAGCAGCUCUGAGGAACUUGGAAGGUGGCUCGGCGUCCUCUUGGCAGUGACAGGCUCUGCAACAGAUCCAGAGUCACUUCAUUACGACUAUGUUGACGUGGAAACCAUUGCUAACAUCCGUGACGCUGCGCGGCAUUCCUUCCUGUGGGCCACAUCCUCCAGCAGUACUUCCACAGACUCCAGAACAUAUGAUGAGGUCCCUAAUGAGGACAUGCAGGUGUCAGGGGAGAACCGCAGGCAGCAGUCUGGGAAUCAAGGGAAGCGGCGCUCAAGUUUCUCUAGCAGCGACUCUGACAGAACCAAGCCUUUAGUCUCCCUCAAACGAACAGGCUCAAAUGCCAACCAGUAUGGAAGGUAUGGGAAAACGCGAGCUGAAGAGGAUGCCAAGCGUUACCUGAAAGAGAAAGAGGAGCUGGAAAGGGAGAGGGAUGGGAUACGAAAUGCACUAGUGACCCUCCGACAGGAGAAGAAAGAGUUGAAGGAAGAGUUGAAGACGGCCUCUGAGAGGAGGAAGUCCUCCCUGAACAAGCGUGUGUCCCAGCUGGAGGACGCCUGUCGAGGUAAAGAGGCAGAGAGGGUGGACCUGGAGCUCCGGCUGACUCAGGUCCAAGAAAACCUCAAGAAGAGUCAGGCCGGCGGAGUGCUGGGUGCACCUGUUGAGGCUAAACCCCCCGUAAAGGCCUCCAGCAAAAAGACAAGGAAUAUCUACAGUGAGUCUUUACCAGUGAACUGUGCCUUAGAGAUGCGUAGGAGACCUCCAUCUGUUUAUGCUUCUUCUACAGGAACUGUCAUGCAGAAGGCAAAGGAAUGGGAGUCAAAGAAAGGAACCUAAGAGUGGUAUCAUGGAGAGGACUGGAGAGAGAAGGAAUGGAUCUGACUAUGGUGACAUUCAAGUCUAUCUUCCAUCUACAACCCAAAGCUCAGACUUGUUUCAUUUCAUAUUGCUGAGGAAAUAAACUGUAAUGAAAGAAAUUAGCCACUAGGUGGAGGUACAUCUCACUGAAUAUUUACUCUUCUGACUUCCUAAAAGGACUGCUCCAUAUGUGAGGAAUCCAAGGACUGUUCACUGUCUGUAUCCAAGUAUUGUCAUUGUCUUUGGUGACACACAUUCAAAUAUGGCAAAAAGAGGAGAAAGAAAGCUGAGUUUAUGAAAGAAAAGACAGAAGAAAAUUGUACUGAAAAGCACAGUGAGUGUUGUAAUGGAAAGGCAACACAGGAUUGUGUUCUCAUCUGGUGUUGCAUACGGUGAAAUGUUUAAUUGUUAAGGUGCCAUGUGAGAAAUGUGAUGUGUUUGGAAAAUAAGAGAAUGGAGGCAGUUUAAGCCAUGAUGUGGCCUUUUAUAUAAUAUGUUUUUUUUCUGCCUGUACAGAGUGAGCCAUGACUACUGUUUUAUAUGUGUUAUACCUUUAUACUGUUCAAUGUUUAAUUUCUCAUCAUCAUCACAAGAUGUACCUAUCAGAGGUAUUCAGCUGUGUGCUAUGGAGGCCUGAGUGUAUUAUCAUUUAUUGACUGCACUUAUUAGCUUCUCCUCUCACAUCGAAGCUGUGCGAUACAGCAUCUGCUGCAUCAUUUGGUUGGGACAAAAUCCUACAUCCACUUGAUCCUCUUUGGCACAUAUUCAAAGACAGUUACAUACUCCUGCUAGAGAUAAUUGAGUGACUAACAGUGUUAGUGCUAUUUAGUGAUACAAACCAAUCUUUUUCUGAGUGGGAAAAUCUCCACUAUGUUAUUUUAACAACUUUUCUGCUGAACCUGUGGUUGACUUUUGCACUUUACUGUUCUCCUACCUGGAUAAGGGAAUAAUAAAUGUGUGUCUUAUUCUCAAA